GCCCUUCGCUGUCUGAGCCCGCGCGGUUCCGGCGAGGUGCGUGUCCUGGCUGACGCUGUUGCCUAGAGCAGAGCGAGCUGGACGCGCCACCCGCGGGGCUGGCAGCUGCUUUCAUUUACUAGGAGACACUGUUUCCCUGCGGGAGAGUCCGGGAGCGCGCAGACACACACACGCUCACUGAUACACACACUCUCGCACACACGUUCACGGACACACACAUACACACGCGCACACACGCGCUAGCGCGCUCGCUCUUCACAACUGCAUCCCCAAACCGGCAGAGAGAAGCUACUGCGGUUUCUCUUAACCUCCGCGUCGUCGGGCGAAGCAGGGCCAUUGUGCAUCAGGGAAAGCCCGGUGCCUGCGCUGCCGCCUCGGAUGCGUGUAUGCAUGUGGAUUCAGAAGAAGAGUGGCAGAGAACAGCAGGGGCUGUCCAGUACUUGAAGUCUGUUCGUGGAUCCCAGCUGUAAUGCUUGCCGACUCCUCUGCAAAUUUCUAAGGCUGAGACCCUGAGGAACCCAGCUGGAGAAUGCCAUCUGAACGCUUCCUCAGUAUUCAAGAAAUGCUGACAGGCCAGAGGCUCUGCCACUCAGAAUCUCACACUGAUAGCGUCCUGGCAGCGCUGAAUCAGCAGAGAAGUGACGGCAUCCUCUGCGAUGUCACCCUGAUUGCUGAGGAACAGAAAUUCCACGCUCACAAGGCAGUCCUAGCAGCCUGCAGCGACUACUUCCGGGCCAUGUUCAGUCUUUGUAUGGUGGAAAGUGGUGCCGACGAGGUGAAUUUACACGGUGUGACCAGCCUCGGCUUAAAGCAAGCUCUGGAAUUUGCAUACACAGGACAGAUUUUGUUGGAGCCAGGCGUGAUCCAGGAUGUGUUAGCAGCUGGCAGUCACCUACAGCUGUUGGAGCUUCUCAAUUUAUGUUCCCACUAUCUCAUCCAGGAAUUAAAUAGCUUUAAUUACUUGGAUCUGUACAGACUUGCUGACCUCUUUAACCUCACUUUGUUGGAGAAGGCAGUGAUCGAUUUCUUAGUGAAACAUCUCUCUGAGCUCCUGAAGAGUCGCCCAGAAGACAUUCUAACGCUCCCUUAUUGUCUGCUUCAGGAGGUCCUGAAGAGCGACCGCCUGACCUCCUUGAGUGAACAGCAGAUAUGGCAGCUAGCUGUGAGGUGGCUGGAACACAGCUGCCAUUACCAGUACAUGGAUGAGCUCCUGCAGUACAUCCGCUUUGGCCUGAUGGACGUGGACACUCUCCAUACAGUUGCCCUGUCCCACCCCCUCGUCCAGGCAAGUGAAACCGCAACAGCUCUUGUCAACGAGGCCCUGGAGUACCACCAGAGCAUCUACGCACAGCCCGUGUGGCAGACUCGCAGGACCAAACCGCGCUUCCAGUCAGAUACUCUGUACAUCAUCGGUGGGAAGAAGCGUGAGGUCUGUAGAGUCAAGGAACUUCGGUACUUCAAUCCCGUGGAUCAGGAGAAUGCCCUCAUAGCUGCCAUUGCCAACUGGAGUGAGCUGGCUCCCAUGCCCGUGGGAAGGAGCCACCAUUGUGUGGCAGUCAUGGGGGACUUCCUGUUUGUAGCAGGAGGGGAAGUCGAGCACGCCAGCGGCCGGACGUGUGCCGUGAGGACUGCCUGUCGCUAUGACCCCCGCAGUAAUUCCUGGGCAGAGAUAGCACCCAUGAAAAACUGCCGGGAGCAUUUCGUUCUGGGAGCCAUGGAUGAGUACCUCUAUGCAGCUGGGGGCAGAAAUGAACUGCGCCAGGUUCUGCCGACCGUUGAGCGAUAUUGCCCCAAGAAGAACAAGUGGACUUUCGUCCAGCCCUUUGACCGGUCCCUCUCCUGUCACGCUGGCUACGUGGCUGACGGUCUUCUUUGGAUAUCAGGUGGAGUAACUAACACGGCACAAUAUCAGAACAGACUAAUGGUAUAUGAACCUAACCAGAAUAAGUGGAUAAGCCGCAGCCCCAUGCUGCAGAGGCGGGUCUACCAUUCCAUGGCUGCUGUUCAAAGGAAGCUUUAUGUUCUUGGAGGCAAUGACCUGGACUACAAUAACGACCGGGUCCUCGUGCGGCAUAUAGAUGCCUACAACAUGGACGCUGACCAGUGGACGCGUUGUAAUUUUAACCUGUUGACUGGCCAAAAUGAAUCUGGAGUUGCUGUCCAUAAUGAGAGAAUAUAUUUAGUGGGUGGAUAUUCGAUUUGGACAAACGAGCCUCUGGCUUGCAUCCAGGUAUUGGAUGUGAGCAGAGAAGGCAAAGAAGAAGUAUUCUACGGGCCUACACUUCCUUUUGCUUCCAAUGGAAUAGCAGCAUGCUUCCUCCCAGCUCCGUAUUUCACAUGCCCUAACCUUCAAACUCUUCAAGUGCCUCAUCACAGGAUUGGCACCAUCUGAAAAGCCAGUGCUCUCUUAACAACCAGCAUGAACACGAGGAAGAAAAAGGCCUGACUUUUGGAUACUGGGCAUGAAAAUACUCAGUGCUCAAUGCUUCCUUGUUUUGUUUUCUAGAUCUUCUAUUCAGAUAAACAUUAGCAAAAAAUGAACAGUUUUCUAAAAUACACAUUAUUGAAAACGCUUGUCACGCUUCUCAGUGUGUGUCAAUGUACAGCACAAUAUGUAUGACUUUUAUGGUGGUGUAGCUUAGUGCUAACUUAAUGGUCCAUGGAUCUUUUAAGCAUUCUUUGUACACUUUGUCUAAUCAGUGCUGUCCAGGACAUUACCCUCUUAGUAAGGCAGUUUAUUCCACAAGUACUGCCAUCAAUGAUCUUAAAAAAAAAUUGUCAGUACUUAAUCUCUUUACUACUUAAGCCUGGGAUUGUAAUUUUUCUUUUAAAAAUUUAACAUUAUACAGCCCUGCUGUAUAAGUAGAGGCUCAUCAUUAUGACAUCAUAAAUUUUUAAAUGCCGUAUUUUAUUCAAGGUAAUACAAAUAAUAGAAGUACACCAGAACAGCAGAUGGAAUACCCAGAUUUUUCACCUUGGUUGCUCUGUUACCUUGGGCCAGGAGCUUAACUUUACAUUGCUUCAGUUUUCUCACUUUUUAAGGAGGGCAAUUAUUGAUUUCCAUAUUAAUUCAGAAGAAUGUUUUAAGGAUUAGGCAAAUGCUCUGAAGUACUUUGCCUAAGAAAAAAAAAUGUCACUCAAAUUACAAGGUAUUUUACUGUUUUAGAACCUUGUAACUGAAAAAGAUUAUUUUUGAAGUUUAAAAAUUACUAGAUAGAACUUGGAACACAAGCUAUGAGAUAAAUGAUUCUGAAAAGCAUGUGAAAGAGACAUGCUAAUUAUGAAAAAGGGAGUUUACUAAAGCCAAAGAUUCCUAAACUUGUAUAAACACUUGCCUAAAAUAAUAAGUCUCUCAAACAUUUCAUCUAAGCUCAUUUAGUGAAAAAUGACAUUUUAAAGCUCAGAAAAAAUUAGUUGUACUAAUUUCGGUACCAUAAAGUGCUCUGACAUAAAUUUGAACCUAGUAUCAGUAGUUCUAAUAAAAGUUUUUCCACUUUGUUAAAGGUUAUGUCAAUCUUGAGCACUUGUGGGAUUCUUCUCUACCACCAAUACAUAUUUUAUUACUACCAUUUUUAAUAAUGCGUGAGAAUUUUUUUAGGCUAGGUUUUCGGAUUUGCUUUGUCUAUAACAAAAAAUAAAAAAUAAAACAACUCAAUAAUCGUAUUUGAACAUAAAUUCAACAAGUAUAACAUGAGUUUUUCCCCUUAUUCUUGUUAGGAUAAGUCACCUUUAUUAAAAGGAAGAUUUUACUUUUUUUCCUUAGUUUAAUCAUUCAGCAAUCCUUGCUUAAUGGGAAAUUGUCAUUUUAUUCAUGUAACCACUUUUAGUAAUCAGAAGUGAAAAAAAAUAUUUUUAUUCCUAAAUACAGAAUUCACUAACUUUAUAUGAUACCUAAAACAUUAAUUAAAAAAUAUAUAUAUAUAAAUAAAACUUUUGGCUAUUUAGAUUAAAGGCCGGGAAGGGAGACUAGGGGUAAGAAAAAAAUGGUAAAUUUUUAAAAGAACAGAUUUUGUUUACACAAACAAAAAGCCUUAAGAAUAUUUGUACAGUUCUGAAAAGUGAAAAUUGAUAAUUGACAUUUAGAAGGAAAACAGAGAGUCUAUUUAAAAGGUAUAAACCAUCUAAAUUAAGUUUUUAAAAUGCCUUACCAUGUCAGGAAAAUGGUCUCCAGCGUUUCAGAAAUCUUUUCAACAAGGACCUAAACAAGAAUUUCAGAUUUACUAAAAUUUUUACUUGACACACAGAUUUUCCAUCCAGCAGUUUUACCUUAUAAAACCUUAAAAUCUAUUUUUAAUCCCAGACUCUCUACCCAAUUAAUGAAAGGGAAGGUCUAAAAGUGAACUUGCUUGAAUGAUAAACGGAAAGGCAGCCUGAGAUUAUUGUAAUUUCUGUGUACACUUCUAUUUAUUUAAAACAAACGAGUAUAUAUUAUCAAACCUCUCCUCAGUGAACUUUAAUGUAUUAUUCUGUAAUAUUACAGAAUUGAAGUCAGAAUUUUUAAAAGUUUUACAUAGUUUCCAGAAACACUUAUAGACAAAGAACAGCAUCCAAAGUACAGCACCCCUCCCCUAAAAAGAAAAAACUUAGAUCCCUUAUAAUUCGAUCCUUCCCUCAAAUUACUGAUCAUAAGAGCUAAUUAAGAAAAAUUCUAGAAAACAAUGUUUGGUCAUAUAAACCAAGGCCCACUGAAACUAUUCAAAUAUAUGUUCUCCAUUUAAGUGAACUAUCCUACAGUAAUUCAUCUUCCAUUUUUACUCUUCAAAGUUAAAGACCAUAUUGUAUUUAUAUUUAAAUUAUUAAUUUGAAUUUCCAAAAGACUAUGAAGCUUCCAACAGUUUAAACAUCAUUUCAAGAUUUUACUUUAAAAAAGAAAAAGCAGUAACACAGAUAUUAGCAGUGUUCUUACUCUAGGAGGAAAAGCCAGAAAAGACAUGAAUCUCUAAAAUAAAAUAAUAUGUACGUAAAAUGCAAUAAAAUUCCUUAGAUUUUUAAGAACAAAAUGCCAAUUGGUUAUUUUUAGGGUGUUUUUCAUCCUUUUUCUCUUCUCAGUUUAACCACAUGUAUUACACUGUAUACCCUUCAGCCAUUACAAUAGCUGAAAAAUUAACUUUUCUUUGUUUUAGCGGAGUAUAAAAGCAACAGGAAUAAUAAGAUAAAAAUUAUUCCUGUAGGUAACACGGUUCAUUUUUAUUUUGGUUUUCAAAGAGUCAAUCUGUCAUAAAGAGGCAGUUGAAUAAUCACAGGUGCAGUGUAAGUUGAAUAUAUACAUUUUUUAUUAUAUCUCAUUACUAUAUACACAAAUAACUUAAAGCAUGCAUAUGCCCAGAAUUUUUCUAAAAGCACAAUCCACAAAUGCAAUGAACUGGAUAACUAUCAGCACACCAAAAACUUCAGUAAGCAGAAGUUGGUAAGUUCAUUUGGUACUGAUUUUGGUAAUCUUACCAAACAUAGUUUAUCACAGAAUCAAAAUAUAAAUCUCAUAUCUUAUUAAAUAUGUGAAAGAAUACGCUAUUUUGCUAGCUUCCCAAACCAACUGUUUUAAGCAAACAAAGCACGUUAUUUAUACUAGCAUACUCUAUACUUGACUGACAGGGCAAUAUUUUUAACCCUAGGAGGAGUAGGCAGGAGAUCAGUUUUUGGAAAAUGUAAGGUUUAUGUAAAAAGUCUAUCAGUCAAAAAGCAGUGGUUUAGUACAGAGAACACAGUUUUCGGUGAGGUUUCUAUGAUAUCUAUCUUUUAUCUUUGAAACACAAGUGCUAUGUUACUGUGUAGGAUUAGGGAAGGUACGUUUCCUAAAGGCUUUUCCCAACUGCAAAGGCUCAUCAAAUUUUUAUAUGAUAUAUAAUCCUAACAAAGGGGAAGUAAAAAUAAAAACUGCCAAAGAUUCUGUGAAAGUACAUGGAAAUGGGCUCAUGUAAUUGGUUAAGAACAAAGUAGGUUUAAAAAUUUAUGAUGAAGCAUGGAAGAAGAUAAAAAUAACAAUGCAUAAUGAAAACACACACAUAGUCUAACAACUCACAAAUAAUAUUUUACUUACCCCCCAAAAUAGAAAAAGUCAAAUAUGCUUAGUAAGAAAAGAAAAAUAUGCUAGGGAUAAGUAAAGAUAUAAAAAGUUUUAAACUUUGAAACUCUUCUAAUACAAAUGAACAAAGUACUAAACGAUUUUUGUGCAGCGACAAUACUCCAUGUUUUUUUCGUCCCCUAUGGAAACCUAAUUAAAUGUUCAACUGAAAUUUAAAUCGUAACCAAAUCUGUGUCUAAUAAAGUCCUUUCAUCACCCUGUUGUCUUUCAAUCAUCU